CAUAUUGUUCUUCAUGGUCAUUCGAUGUUAGCAAAUAUCUAGGGUUCUUGCGAUGGAUGGGAAGAGUUCGCUUGUUCCGCGGCUUGGCGACGGCAGCGAUUCGAUGCGCCGCACCAGCUUCGGCAGCGCCGCCGCGGGCGCCCGAUCAGCAGGCGGCCGCGCUGGUGUCGGCGCUGAAGGUAUGUGGCAGCAUAAGGGAUCUGCGCAAGGGCAAGGCGAUCCACGCCCAGGCGGCGGAGAGCAGGCAGCUGGGGAUCCAUGUCGUCAAUGCGCUGGUGGACAUGUACGCGAAAUGCGGCAGCAUGGAGGAUUCCCGCCGCGUGUUCGACAGCAUUCUUCACCCAAACGUGAUGUCCUGGAACGUUUUGAUGCUGGGCUACGUCUCCAAUGGCGAGAGCGAUGUGGCUCUGGAUCUCUUCGAGAGGAUGCAAGCCAGGCGGUCGGGCUGCAAGCCAAACUCCAGGAGCUUCAUGGCCGCGUCCAAGGCUUGUAGCAGCCUCGCGGCGAAGGAAGACGCUGUUUUGGUCGAUGGGAAGCUCGUCAAGGAGGCUAGUCUCGAGACCGGCAGAGGCAUCCACUCUCAAGCCAAGCAGAUGGGACCGUCUUGCAGCGAAGACGUUUUCCUCUCGAGCUCGCUGAUCGAUAUGUACUCCAAGUGCGGCAGCAUGCUCGAUGCUCGAUCGGUCUUCGAUGAGAUGCCACGGCGAGACGUGGUCUCCUGGAACGCUUUGAUACUGGGCUACGUAGAGAAUGGAGAAAGCGAGGUCGCCCUCGAGUUCUUUGGGAAGAUGGACUGUUCGCCAAACUCUCGGACUUUCGUUGCUGCGGCCAGGGCCUGUGCGAAUCUAGCAGUGAAAGAGGAGGCCACUCAAGAAUAUGGAAAGAUGGUGAAGACGAGGAGCCUGGAGAAGGGGCUCGCUGUUCACGCUGGAGCUAUGGAAAGCCACUGCUAUGGAGAUAUUUUCGUGGGGAGCAGCCUUGUGGACAUGUACUCGAAGUGUGGGAGCAUGGCCGACGCGCGGAUGGUUUUCGAGAGCAUGCCUCGUCGUGAUGUCGUGCUCUGGACGAGCUUGAUGCAAGGCUUUGUGGACAACGGGGAAAGCGAGCUGGCUCUCGUGUUCUUCGAAGAUAUGAAGCUAUCCGGGUGCUGUCCAAACUCUCGAACGUAUGUUGCUGCGCUUGCCGCCUGUGCGAGCUCGGCAAUGCGAGAAGAAGCGGUGGAUGUCGACGGGAAACUCGUGAAGAGAAAGAGCUUGGAAACUGGGGUGGCUAUCCAGGGUGAAGCCUCAAACAACAGGUGCUGUGAGGACGUGUUCGUGGGGAACACAUUGAUCGAUAUGUACGCGAAGUGUGGGAAGCUAGAGGAAGCUCGCAAGGUCUUCGAUGGCAUGGCUGGCCGAGACGUGGUUUCGUGGAACGCAAUGAUCCAGGGAUCUGUUGGAAGUGGAGACAGCAAGCUGGCCUUGGAGCUGUUCUUCGGCAUGGCUCGGGAGAACGAUCCGGACGAGAGAACGUUUAUUGCUGCGCUCAUGGCCUGCGUCCAUCUUUCAGCGUCCGAACAACCUGUUCCGCGAGAAGAUGGAAAGCUACUGCGAAUCCAGAGCCUAGAAAAGGGGAUGGAGAUUCAUUCUCUCGCCACGAAGUUUGGAUGCUGUGAGCACAGAUUUGUCGGGAGCAGCUUGGUGGACAUGUAUGCCAAGUGUGGAGAUAUGGUGAAAGCUCGAGCAGUUUUCAAACGCAUGCCUAGCCGGGACGUUGUCGUUUGGACGAGCUUGAUCCAGGGAUAUGUAGACAACGGUGAGAGCGAGCUCGGGCUGGAACUCUUGGAGAGCAUGGACUGUGCUCCAAACUCUCGGACUCUUGUAGCGGGACUUACGGCCUGUGGGAACGUUGGGUCCAGUGAAGCUGGAAGGAAAAUCCAGGCUGAGCUUUACAGGCGUGGGCUGGAAAACGACCAAGUUGUGGGGACGUGCAUGGUAAACUUCUACGGGAAGUGCGGAGUUAUGAGUGCGGCCGAGCACUUGUUUGGAUCUCUGGCAGUCCGAGAUAUCGUCGCCUGGAAUGCAAUGAUCACAGGAUUCGGCCAACAGGGUGACACGUCGCGCGUGUUCAAAGCCUUUCGCGAGAUGCGAGAAGAUGGCGUGCGAGCAAACGCGAUCACGUUUGUCUCGGUCAUCACUGCUUGCAGCCACGGCGGCCUGGUUGAACGAGGCAGGGAGUUUUUCCAGGCAAUGGACCCGGACUCUGGCAUUGUUUGCGGGAUUCAUCACUACAGCAGCUUGGUGGAUCUCUUCGGGCGUGCAAACCGACUGGAAGAGGCCGUGAAAGUCCUCGAGAGCAUGCCUUUGAGAGCGGACGCUGUGGUUUGGAGGAGCGUCCUCGGGGCCUCCCGUAAGUGGAAGAACGUGGAAGUGGGGAGGAUUGCGUUCGAGGCACUGACGAAGAUCGACGAGAGAGACUCGGCUGCGUACGUUCUGAUGGCGAGCAUCUACCGGAGCGCGGGGCUGUGGGAGGAUCAUGAUAAGCUCAAGACUAUACAGGAGGCGGCCUUGAAAGCGGAUAGGAAGAGUUUAAGGAUUCAUCUACGAGCAGAUUGAUCUUCAUCAAGCGGUCACACGCUCGAUG